AUGAGGAUGAACUUGGACUCCACGGAGAAGAACUGCUGCGUGCGGCAGCUCUAUAUCGACUUCCGCAAGGAUCUGGGCUGGAAGUGGAUCCACGAGCCCAAGGGCUACCACGCCAACUUCUGCCUGGGGCCCUGCCCCUACAUUUGGAGCCUGGACACGCAGUACAGCAAGGUGCGUCUGGCCUCGGACAGGGG